GGGUCACGGCGCAGGCGCGCUGGGAGGGAGGGCUAUGCUAAUGUUGUUGAUAUCCUGGGGCCACCCUAGUUAAAGGGGGGGAAAUCCGGGGGCUGCCGCAGCCGCCACCGGUGUGGGCCCAGCCUGGGCACCCCUGUAGUCGCCGUAGCCCCGGGGAGAGGCGCCUGCCCCCAGCUCGGGGAGGGGGCGCCGCGGGCCCGGGGAGCACGGACAACCCCUACCCAUGAGGCCCUGAUGGAAAGCACAAAGGAUCUGAGUCGGAAGAGACAUUAGAGGUCACCCAAAGCAGCCGUCCCCUCCGCAGCCUCUCUGACAAGUGCUUUUCAGGUUCAUACUUAAGGAUUCGUAGCUUUCUCCUGAAGAACUGAAAGCCCAUUCAUGUGAAUUAUUUAUUUUAUCAUACAUCCUUCCUGUGUGCCAUCAACAUGGAGACAAGACCUUCCACCAGCUAAAAGAUUACCACUCACUGACGACUCAGAUGAUGGUUAACUUUGUUUAGCAAUAAAGUAUCUUUAAUUAAGAUUGAACAUUCUUCACAAUCCGAGAGGAAAAGAAGAGACUGGUUCGGGAUGUUUGACGGUUAUGAUAGCUGCAGUGAGGACACAAGUAGCAGCUCCAGCUCUGAGGAGAGUGAAGAAGAAGUUGCUCCUUUACCUUCUAAUCUCCCAAUUAUUAAAAACAAUGGACAAGUCUACACAUAUCCGGAUGGGAAAUCUGGCAUGGCUACCUGCGAAAUGUGUGGGAUGGUUGGUGUGCGAGAUGCUUUUUACUCUAAAACAAAGCGUUUCUGCAGCGUUUCAUGUUCAAGAAGUUAUUCGUCAAAUUCCAAGAAGGCAAGCAUUUUGGCCAGACUUCAGGUAACGGGUAAGCCUCCAACAAAGAAAGCUAAAGUUCUUCAGAAACAACCUUUAGUUGCUAAACUAGCCGCAUAUGCUCAGUAUCAAGCUACCUUGCAAAAUCAAGCAAAGACUAAAGCAGUAGUCUCCAUGGAAGGUUUCAGCUGGGGCAACUACAUCAAUAGCAAUAGCUUUAUAGCAGCUCCAGUUACCUGCUUUAAACAUGCACCUAUGGGGACCUGCUGGGGUGAUAUCUCAGAGAAUGUGAGAGUAGAAGUUCCCAAUACAGACUGCAGCCUGCCUACCAAAGUCUUCUGGAUUGCUGGGAUUGUAAAACUAGCAGGUUACAAUGCCCUGUUAAGAUAUGAAGGAUUUGAAAAUGACUCUGCUCUAGACUUCUGGUGCAAUGUGUGUGGUUCUGAUAUCCAUCCAGUUGGUUGGUGUGCAGCCAGUGGAAAACCUCUUGUCCCUCCUAGAACUAUUCAGCAUAAGUAUGCUAACUGGAAAGCUUUUCUAGUGAAACGACUUACUGGUGCCAAAACACUUCCUCCCGAUUUCUCACAAAAGGUUUCAGAGAGCAUGCAGUACCCUUUCAAACCUUGCAUGAGAGUAGAAGUGGUCGACAAGAGGCAUUUGUGUCGAACACGAGUAGCAGUGGUGGAGAGUGUCAUUGGAGGAAGAUUAAGAUUGGUGUAUGAAGACAGUGAAGACAGAACAGAUGACUUCUGGUGCCACAUGCACAGCCCGUUAAUCCAUCAUAUCGGUUGGUCUCGAAGCAUAGGCCAUCGAUUCAAAAGAUCUGAUAUUACAAAGAAACAGGAUGGACAUUUUGAUACACCACCACAUUUAUUUGCUAAGGUAAAAGAAGUAGACCAGAGUGGGGAAUGGUUCAAGGAAGGAAUGAAAUUGGAAGCUAUAGACCCAUUAAAUCUUUCCACAAUAUGUGUCGCAACCAUUAGAAAGGUGCUAGCUGACGGAUUCCUGAUGAUUGGGAUCGAUGGCUCAGAAGCAGCAGAUGGAUCUGACUGGUUCUGUUAUCACGCAACCUCCCCUUCUAUUUUCCCUGUUGGUUUCUGUGAAAUUAACAUGAUUGAACUUACUCCACCUAGAGGUUACACUAAACUUCCUUUUAAAUGGUUUGACUACCUCAGGGAAACGGGCUCCGUUGCAGCACCAGUAAAACUGUUUAAUAAGGAUGUUCCAAAUCACGGAUUUCGUGUAGGAAUGAAAUUAGAAGCAGUAGAUCUCAUGGAGCCACGUUUAAUAUGUGUAGCCACAGUAACUCGAAUUAUUCAUCGUCUCUUGAGGAUACAUUUUGAUGGAUGGGAAGAAGAGUAUGAUCAGUGGGUAGACUGUGAGUCCCCUGACCUCUAUCCUGUAGGGUGGUGUCAGUUAACUGGAUAUCAACUACAGCCUCCAGCAUCACAGUCGUCAAGAGAAAGCCAAUCAGGUUCGUCAAAACAGAAGAAAAAGGCUAAGUCCCAGCAAUACAAAGGACAUAAGAAAAUGACUACAUUGCAGCUGAAGGAGGAGUUGAUAGACGGAGAGGACUACAGCUUCCUCCAAGGAGCGUCUGAUCAGGAAAGCAACGGCUCUGCCAACUUCUACAUCAAACAAGAGCCCUGAGUGGCUCAGACACUGAGGGUGGGCGGGGAAGACUUUUACACGGGACUGCUUUGUAGUCAGUCCAGCUGUACAGCGGGGCUAUUCUACUGGGACAUUUUGCUAAACAUAGAAAAUUUCAGUUCCGGAUUUUUCAGGCGGGUGGGGAAACUAUUUUAGUCAUGGGGGGAAAUUUUUCAAUUUAUAAAGAUGGACAAUUUUUGUGUUGUAUUUGAAGAUUUUGAAAGAAUUUUGUAAUAUUUUACACAUUUGGAUUUAUGUGCAUUGUUAACAAGAACUGAAAUUCUAACUUUUUGGUAAGAUUAAAAGUUUAGGUAGCAGGAUUGAAGGAAAUGAUUUAAGAAGGAUAUAGUUGUAAAAUGCAAGUGAACUGUCCACACAAAUGAACCUUUUUGGUACCUGUCGGGAGAUUUGGGGAUUUCCGAAGUUAGGCCAGUCACAUCUCCAGCUUCCUUUGCUGCAGAAAUAUGCAACUGAACCCCCUCCUGGAGGGCCGGUUCGGCACCACAUAGAUCACGGAAGGGGUAAUCGGCUCUGCUUGUUGGCGUUUCAUUGCAGCCCAUUUUAAACAUUUGUACAGAAGUGUUUUUCAUUCUGUGAACAUUUAUUUGGAGUUCUAUAUGAAACUGGAAGAACUCUGGAUACUUUUAUAUGUUCUUUAAUUUAAAAAUGAUGAAAAUUAUCCUAACACUAAAGUGUUAACUGGAAUGGUUGACCAGAUAGAUAUACAGGAUGUCAGUCUACAUUUUGGGGGGUUGGGGAAAAUGCAAUAUUAUCCUAAGUUUCUUUCAUUUUCCUUACUAAAAAGUAUGCUACAGAAGGGAGUUUGAUGAGUUCUCUGCCACCUCCCUCCAUUUGUGAGAUAGUACUUGGAAUAACCACACCCCAAAACAGAUGUUCUGUAUCGGGAGAAUCAAAUUCUAAGUUGUUUAAAGCCAAAAUAAGUUUAAGAUUUCAAAAUCAUUCCAGCCAUGCUUUUAACUAUCCUGGAUUUGUUAGAAAUUAAUUUGAAAGAGAAUUUAAUUUUCUUGAAAUUCCAUAUAUAUAUAUAUACAGUAUGAAUUGUCUUUAUUUGUGUUCAGAAUUAGUUUUAACAAUAAUUACUGAUUUGGACCAUUUUGAACAUUCCCUGUUUUUAAAGUUCACGUGGCUUCCUUUCAGAAAAAAGGAUCGAAGGGUAAAUUGGUGAAAGGUUUGCUCUCUGCAUGUUCUGACUUUCUGAGUUGUGACUGAAUGAGAGAGCUCUAGCGUUUACCAGUGGGGUUCAUAAACUAAACUCUCAGGAAUUACUGCAUCUGUUGUAGAAGUGCUUCUGGGUCUUAGCCUGGCCUCUUCAGAGUGGUAACACUGACCAUCUCCUCUGGAAUAUAGGUAGGGCUAAUUAGAAAUUAAUCAAAAUGAUUAAACUCUACAGUCCUUCAACCUAUGGAAUGCUUUAAAAAUGUUAGUGGAAAGUCCCAGGAGACCAUUUUAAGUAAGAUUUUUGUUUGAAUUUUAAAAUUCAUAGAACGUUAAAAACCAGCAAUUUAUUUUCUAAAAUAAUGCUCUACUUUUGGGAAUAAUAGCAUUGGUAAUACGCACAGGUUUACCUCAUUCUAUGCAAGAGGGGUUAAUAACAUAAGGUUUUGUAGUUGCUACUGGAAGUAAAAUUUGUUACUUUAUAGUGUAAGAAUUUAUGGAAUCGCAUGUCGACAUUUCUUAAUACUGAUUCUUUAGGGGCAUAAAUGUAUAUCAUAUCAAUGCCAAGUUGAUUCUCAUGUGUCAAAUAUAUGUGAAUUCAGCUUUUAAAUUACUGGAUAUUUAUCUUAAACAUUACCGAGAGGGACCUACUGUAAAUGUGACAUCCUCACACUUUCCAAAUCUUUAACUUGUAAGGAUCUUCCCAUAAACUUAAAGCCUAGAAGACUUCCAAAGCAAGAGUUACAACCAUCUUUAUUCUCAGACUCAGUGAAUUCAGUCCAGGACUCUGACUGCACGAUGUGUGCACAAGAAGCCAGUUGUAUGGCGUGCUCUGCCAGUACCUUGGGCUUAAGGGCUCUGCAGGGAACUGAAUAAGUCAGGAGAGAUUUGAUUUGGAGCCUGGUAAUUAGAUCUGUGAAAUGCUCAUUUGUUCAUAAGCUUCCAGUUCUAGAGCGAAACCAGGCUCUGGGAGUUUCUGAAUUUCCCCCCUGCUCAUGGUGUUUCUCCUCUUGAUCCCAUGGCCAACAGUUAAAGGUUGGUAAGGACUUCCUACAGUGUAAACACAUCUGCAGCCCUCUUCGUUGUGCAGACUUGACUCCUCCUGCCGACGACCGGAGAUGAGUUCACGCGGAGGAGGUUCAUGAAUUAGCCAUAACUCCAAUAGUACAGCUCAAUAGCCCCGUUCUCUUUUACGGUUCAAGAUGUACUGCUGACCUUGGGUUUGUUUUUGUUUUUGUUUUUUCCUGGUAGGAUUAUUUGGGGCUUUUGGUAGUUUAAACUCUUUAACCUUUUUUUGCUGUGUAUGAGGAAAGCUAAAGCUGUUAUCAACUUCUUAUUCUACGGAUACUAACACGGGUUUUCAGUGUUUGUUUGUUUUUAUUAUUAUUAAUUUUGCGUGAUGUGAAUACCCUCUCCCAUCAAUAUUUGUAUUAUGGUGCUAUAUAUUUGGUAAUGAUCCUUUACUAUUUGGGAAGGGAUUUUAAAAAUACUGUGAUUAAACUGGGUUUCUUCCUUUGAUUUUCAUAUUUUAAAUAUAAAGCCACAGUCAUUUAUACGAAAGAAAAGCAUCUGUCCCUGGGCAAAUCUUUUGAGGACAGAGGUCAAAAUAAACUGCAUAAGGUUUUUACAUCAUUUCUGUAUGUAUUUGAUAUAUAGACCAAUAUCUGUACAAAUUUAAUCUUUUAUUUUCUUGGUAACUUGUGAUCAUUGAGAAAGUAUUUGAAACUUUCUCAGGAAGUGUAUAUAAUGGCGUGAAAAAUUCUUUGGAGAAAUUUAUGUUCCUUUCAUUUUUACCAAAUUGCAAAUUUUCAGCAUGGAUGUAAAAGCAUUAAAAUUAUAACUUUGUGUACAAGAUGAAAAUAAUUCACUAAAUUUGCCCUUUUUUACACAAAAUAAAAUAUUAAAGUUAA